AUGGCCUCUUUUAAACCCGCUCCUGUACACAUCCAUGCUCAUCUGGCUAUCGAGGACCCCUCGAAGUGUGGCAGGCUUCCAGACGACGUCCUCUGCGCUAUCUUCAACGUGUGCGCCAGUUUAGACCCGCCAUACAGAGAAGAAACCGACAACGAAGGAGAGGUGCGAUAUAGCUUGGGUUGGAUCUCAAUCGGACACGCAUGCAGGCGCUGGCGAACCAUUCUUCUGAGUUUAUCCCCGCUGUGGGCGAGCAUCAUCUGCACAUUCCCGAACGCGGCACCCGAGAUAGUCUCUCGUGCGCGCGAUGCGCCGCUUUCAUUCACCAAUCCAUACAUGCGGGGUGGCUUCGUUCAGGACAGCCUGGUCCAACUUGCCCUAUCGCACAUAUCCCGAGUCCGCCGCCUUCGACUCGGCGCCAACUCGCGCGUCGACGCCAAGUAUCGCUACGCGAUAAACGAGGCCCUUACCAGCCGACCGCUUCCUCUGCUCGAGGAGUUUGACGUUCAUGUCUACCAUCGACCUGGGCGUAGCGCCGAUGUGUAUAACCGGUCGUCGACGGGACAGUUUGACCCCGCCCUCCGGCUAGAAGCCCCCUCCCUACGAUCGUUCACCCACUGCGAUUUGUUCACUUUCACUUGUCCGAUGCUCACCUCGCUGAGCACGACGUUAUGGGGCAUAGACGCCGAGUCGUAUACUCGUCAUCUGAUGGAUAUGUUGCGCGGGUUUCCGCUUUUGCGGACUUUGAGCAUAGGCCUGCGUUACGGCGACGUGCGCACGCCUGGUGCCGACCGCGGCCGCGGGGGAAUUCUGACAACGAAUAUACCGCUCUCUAUUAGUCCAUGGACAACCUGCAUGAGGCAGCCUGUGACGCUAGAUCACUUGCGCGAUGCCCACGUUUCCGGUACACCGCGCGCAGACGUCUUCGGGUUCUGGUCCUGCUUGCGGACGCCCGCAGACACCAACAUCGAACUUGUCGGGCUCGAUCUGGCUGAAGUCAUCGAACCCGCUUGUCAUGUACUCGAGCACCAGCUACACGACGCAGCCCUCGACACGCUAGUCGUGCGAUGUCCGGGCGAACUGACCGUCGGCGUUGUACUGCGUCGCUCUCGUGAACGCAGGAGAACAGCAGGGAGACAUGAGAUCGGUCUGCACACUGGCGUGUGCCGCACGGAGUACAAAGAGAUGCCGGGCAUCAUGCGGACUCUUGUAUCUGCGCUUAGAGCUGAUUGUAUACGCCAUUUGAACCUGCUCAGCUUAGAGAAUGACGGGUACUACGAUGACGAGGAGAUGCGACGCGCGCUCGAGCCGCUCACGGCUGUCAGCGUCGUCUCCAUUCACGCUUCAAAGGGCGUAGGCGGCAUCUUGCGCAUGUUGAGGCCUCGAGAAGAUGGUGGGGCGGUACCGUUCGCACGGCUCGAUACGCUCGUCGUGCACAUGCGCAAGAUACCCGGCGAGUACGAGACGUGGCACACAGAGUGCUGGUCGGCCCUGACAUCGGUCCUGCACCAGCGCCAUCGCGUACACGUUCCCGUGCGCGAGGUCCGUAUCACGGGCGGGUGGUCAACAGAGAGCAUGCGCUCGGACCUGGCAGGCGUCGAAUCGCCGUAUCUUGACGAUGUGCGGGACGUGGUGACGGUGGUGCGUGAUAAGCGCAUUAUCAAGGGUAUUGCGGAAGAAGGAUGCAUGUACUACUAUACUGACUUGGAAGUAGAGACGGAUGAGGAGGGAUGA